AUGUAUGUAUGGUAUUACUUUGAACCUCUCAACCCUGGUCCCAACCCUGGUCCCGACCCUGGUCCCGACCCUGGUCCCGACCCUGGUCCCGACCCUGGUCCCGACCCUGGUCCCGACCCUGGUCCCGACCCUGGUCCCGACCCUGGUCCCGACCCUGGUCCCGACCCUGGUCCCGACCCUGGUCCCGACCCUGGUCCCGACCCUGGUCCCGACCCUGGUCCCGACCCUGGUCCCGACCCUGGUCCCGACCCUGGUCCCGACCCUGGUCCCGACCCUGGUCCCGACCCUGGUCCCGACCCUGGUCCCGACCCUGGUCCCGACCCUGGUCCCGACCCUGGUCCCGACCCUGGUCCCGACCCUGGUCCCGACCCUGGUCCCGACCAGAUUUAG